ACUUACCGACCCUGGAACACAAACCUAGCCUGAAAUUUCCCCAUCUUUCACAGCCUCUACUUGACUAGCACUUCAAAGAAGAAAAAAUGGUUCAACGUCCUCUGAUUAUUGUGAUGCUUCUCUUUGCGUUAAUUGCAUGUCAUGAAGCGUCUAAUCUUUGCCAGGAUCCCAAGGACUGUCAGGUUUCUUUUAAACCAAUGGGAUGCUUCAAAGACAGAAGGCACGAACGAGCUCUCCCUCAGUAUAUCUACAAUGAACGUGACGACUCCAUAGCCAAUUAUGGCGGGAAAAAGAUCGACUGGAAUGACUGGGAAAACUAUCUGCCUGGGUUCGUCUGCCGCUGUGCCAAGAAAGCAAAAGAUCUAGGCUAUGAUCUGUUUGGAGUGCAGCACUUUGGUGAAUGCUACGCUGGAAGCAGCUCGUCGGAUCAAUAUGACAGGCAUGGCCCGGGAAAAUGCAAAGAUUGCCUUGGGACAGACAUGAAUGAUUGCAACGGGAGAAAGUUUUGUGCAGGAAAGGAAUGGCGUAACAUGGUGUACAAGACUGUCGAUUUAUGCAGUGUUCCGUUCGAACGAAUCGGCUGCUUUCAUGAUCAAAAAGAAGCCCCACGCCUCCUGCCAUCAUACCUAUUAAAUGAUAGAGAUGAGAGCUUGCCCAACUUUAGUGGUCAGCUGAUUGACUGGGAAAACUGGUACGAGUAUCUCCCUAACCUUGUCUGUCGCUGCGCAGAGAAAGCGAAGGAAAAAGGCUGGAAACUGUUUGGAAUUCAGUUUUGGGGUGAAUGCUGGGGCGGUCCUGAUGAUUCAAUGUUCUAUACUGAAGGGCAUGCUCAGCCUGGUGGAUGCGCAGACCAAUGCUCUAAUGACUGCGCCUGCUCGAACAGAUUUUGUGCUGGAAAGCAAUUCACCAAUGCUGUGUACGCCAUCACGGAACACGUCGAUGAAGGAAGCGCUAAGGCAGGUGAAGUUUACAUUGUGGGAUAGCUUCUCGCAGGAAUCAAAGAACCCAACCAACUCAGAAAGAUUGAACGACAACGGUAGAAUAAAUGAAACUCAGUCAACAAGAAUCUUAUGAUAGAUGAGAAUAC